AUGGCUAUGCAUCCGAAAAACGAACUUUUGACCACCUUGUCUUGGCCGGACUACCCCGAAGAACUUGUCACCGCCGAUGAAUCGUCUUCGCAGUCAACAAACGAAAAUGCUCCAUCCGAAAAUACCGAUGACUAUGACUUUGUCAUUUCCGAUGAAGCUACCACUGAAUACUCGUCGAGCGUGCCAGACUCGACCGGGCGGGACUGGUCCAGUGGGCAGAAUGAGGAGCAUGGCCAAUUAUGGCCAAUCAAAGCUAUUGCCGUACGUCGCGUAAAAGAGGAGGGAUCAUACACUCUCAACUACUUGGUGCUGUGGGGGUCUUGGGAGGAAGAGCCACCCCGAAAGGAGCACUCUAUUGGGACGAGUAUUCCCAUUGAAUUAAGUGGCCGUGAAAGAAGUUGUUCAUAUUUAGAGCCGAGUAGCUAG